ACCCUUCUGGUCCUGUAACCCUUCGUCCAUAGGCACGAGAACUUAAAGAGCAAGAGGAAGUGAAAGGAAAAUUAGGGCAAGGAAACAGAUAAAAGAAAUCACCCAUGAGGAAGAAUCAGCAGAAAACUCCAGGCAACAUGAAGACCCAGUCCAGAACAACCCCGCCAAGGGACCAUGAGAUGUGAAAUCCGGCAGCUAUACGGUGUUACAAGUAGUGGAAGCCCUUGGGUCGUCUCUAGAGAAUCCAGAGCCCCGAACUCGGGCACGAGGAAUCCAGCUUUUGUCACAGGUGCUACUCCAGUGUCACUCCUUGCUCCUGGAAAAGGAAGUGAUACACCUGAUCCUGUUCUAUGAGAACCGGCUGAAGGACCAUCAUCUUGUGAUCCCAUCUGUUCUGCAGGGUUUGAGGGCCCUUAGCCUGUGUGUGGCCCUGCCCCCAGGGCUGGCUGUUUCUGUGCUUAAAGCCGUCUUCCAGGAGGUACACGUACAGUCCCUGCCACAGGUGGACCGACACACAGUCUACAGUAUCAUCACCAAUUUCAUGCGAACCCGGGAAGAAGAGCUGAAGGGCCUAGGAGCUGACUUCACCUUUGGCUUCAUCCAGGUGAUGGAUGGGGAAAAGGAUCCCCGUAAUCUUCUGGUGGCCUUCCAGAUCGUCCAUGACCUCAUUUCUAGGGACUAUAGCCUGGGACCCUUUGUGGAAGAGUUAUUUGAAGUGACAUCCUGUUAUUUCCCUAUUGAUUUUACUCCCCCACCUAAUGAUCCCCAUGGUAUCCAAAGAGAAGAUCUCAUUCUAAGUCUUCGAGCUGUGCUGGCUUCUACACCACGAUUUGCAGAGUUCUUGCUGCCCCUGUUGAUUGAAAAGGUGGAUUCUGAGAUUCUGAGUGCCAAGUUGGAUUCUCUGCAGACUCUGAAUGCUUGCUGUUCUGGGUAUGGCCAGAAGGAACUGAAGGACUUCCUCCCCAGUCUUUGGUCUUCUAUUCGCAGAGAGGUGUUCCAGACGGCAAGUGAGCGGGUGGAGACAGAGGGCCUGGCAGCCCUCCACUCCCUGACUGCGUGUUUGUCUCGCUCUGUGCUGAGAGCUGAUGCUGAGGACCUCCUUGACUCCUUCCUUAGCAGCAUCCUACAGGACUGCAGGCACCAUGUGUGUGAACCAGACAUGAAACUCGUGUGGCCUAGUGCCAAACUGUUGCAAGCAGCUGCAGGUGCAUCUGCCCGGGCCUUUGACCACAUCACUAGCAACAUAUUGCCUUUACUGCUGGAACAGUUCCACAAGCACAGUCAGAGCAACCAGCGGCGGACAAUCCUUGAAAUGAUCCUAGGUUUCUUAAAGCUGCAGCAGAAAUGGAGCUAUGAAGACAAAGAUCAAAGGCCUCUGAGUGGCUUCAAGGACCAGCUGUGCUCACUAGUAUUCAUGGCCCUAAUAGACCCCAGCACCCAACUUCAGCUUGUUGGCAUCCGUACGCUCACAGUUUUGGGUGCACAACCAGAUCUCCUAUCUUCUGGCGACUUGGAACUGGCUGUGGGUCACCUAUACAGAUUGAGCUUCGUGGAGGAGGAUUCCCAGAGUUGCAGGAUGGCAGCACUGGAAGCAGCAGGAGCCUUGGCCACUCUCUACCCUGUGGCCUUUAGCAGCCACCUAGUACCCAAGCUUGCUGAGGAGCUACGCAUAGAGGAAUCAGAUUUGACUAGAGAAGAUGGGCCCACCAAAUGCUCCCGGCAUCUGCACUGUAUGCAAGCCUUGUCAGCUGUAUCAACACAUCCCAGCAUUGUUAAGGAGACACUGCCUCUGCUGCUGCAGCAUCUCUGGCAGGUGAACAAAGGGAAUAUGGUUGCACAGUCCAGUGAAGUUAUUGCUGUUUGUCAAAGUCUCCAACAAGUGGCAGAAAAAUGUCAGCAGGACCCAGAAAGUUGCUGGUAUUUCCACCAGACAGCCAUACCUUGUCUGCUUGCCUUGGCUGUGCAGGCUUCCAUGCCAGGGAAGGAGCCCUUGGUUCUAAGGAAAGUGCUGCUGGAGGAUGAGGUCUUGGCUGCCAUGGUGUCCGUCAUUGGUACUGCCUCCACUCACCUAAGCCCUGAGUUGGCUGCCCAGAGUGUUGCCCACAUUGUGCCCCUCUUCUUGGAUGGCAACGUCUCCUUUCUGCCUGAAAACAGCUUCCCAAGCAGAUUCCAGCCAUUCCAGAAUGGCCCCUUGGGACAGAGGCGGCUGGUCACACUGCUUAUGGCCUUUGUCUGCUCCCUGCCUCGAAAUGUGGAAAUCCCUCAGCUGAAUCAACUCAUGCGAGAACUUUUAGAGCUGAGCUGCUGCCAUAGCUGUUCCUUCUCCUCCACCGCUGCUGCCAAGUGCUUUGCAGGACUCCUCAACAAGCACCCUGCAGGACAGCAGCUUGAUGAAUUCCUACAGCUGGCUGUGGACAAGGUGGAAGCUGGCCUGGGCUCUGGGCCUUACCGUAGUCAGGCCUUCACAUUGCUUCUCUGGGUAACAAAGGCCUUAGUGCUUAGAUAUCAUCCUCUCAGCUCCUGCCUGACAGCCCAGCUCAUGGGCCUCCUGAGUGAUCCAGAACUAGGCCCAGCAGCUGCUGAUGGCUUCUCUCUGCUCAUGUCUGACUGCACUGAUGUGUUGACUCGUGCUGGCCAUGCUGAAGUGCGGAUCAUGUUCCGCCAAAGAUUCUUCACAGAUAACGUGCCUGCUUUGGUCAAGGGCUUCCAUGCUGCUCCCCAAGAUGUGAAGCCAAACUACCUGAAGGGUCUCUCUCAUGUACUUAACAGGCUGCCUAAGCCUGUGCUCUUGCCAGAGCUGCCCACGCUGCUUUCCUUGCUGUUGGAGGCUCUAUCCUGCCCUGACUGUGUGGUACAGCUGUCCACCCUGAGCUGCCUUCAGCCUCUUCUACUGGAAGCACCCCAAGUCAUGAGUCUUCAUGUUGACACCCUUGUCACCAAGUUUCUGAACCUCAGCUCUAGCCCUUCCAUGGCUGUCCGGAUUGCUGCACUGCAGUGUAUGCAUGCUCUCACUCACCUGCCCACCCCUGUGCUGCUCCCGUACAAACCACAGGUGAUCCGGGCCUUAGCCAAACCCCUGGAUGACAAGAAGAGACUGGUACGCAAGGAAGCAGUGUCAGCCAGGGGAGAAUGGUUUCUGCUGGGGAGCCCUGGUAGCUGAGCCCCCUUGGUCCUGGCCUCGACUGUUCUAACAGACAAUCUUACCUGGAAUUAUUAUCGAGCCAUUUUACCCAUGGCAGGGAGACUAUUGGCUUCUGACUGCCUCUCCCACAGACAGCACAAGUGCUAGGCCUCUGUCAUGUGGCUGUAUGAGAAACAUGGGAGUUCUAAUUUCUCAUGAAUUAUGAGACUACUUAUGUUUGAAGAGAGAUUAAGGGCAUGGGGGCUCUUCCAUUUGUAUGUCAGAGGAAGGGAGAUAUGCUGCUGAGGGCUGAAUGCAGAUGAGUGUGGCCCUGAGGUCAAGGAUGGCAGAUAUGUGUGUACCUGCUGAAAAAUAAAGAUUUCUUUUAGUAA